UGUUUUACUUAAAAUGAAAGAGAAACGAAAGUGCGCCCCAGAGUUGCAACAGAAAGCUUAAAAUAUAUAAGAAUUUUCUACAAUAACAUCAUUAGAAAAUGAAUAGCAAUGAAUCACUGAAUGCCAGUUAAUUAAUCCGUACAUUGGUUUUACUCAUCCAAAAAUAAAAUGUCUGGAAUAGAAAUUAUCAUUGCAAUCAAAUUCGGAACAAACUACAGCACGAACGCUUACAUGAUCAAUGAUGGCCGAACCCGAGGAACCCCAAGUGUACACCGUCCCUUUCCAGAAACACGCUACUAGUUCAAUGUCGCUCAUCACCCCUACAGUAGCUCUCUUUACUGAAUACGGAGUAUUCUAGUCGUACGGAUUUGAUGCUGAAUACCAGAAUCUGCAACAAGGCGAUAAUGACAAGCACCUGCUUUUUCGGGACUUUAUUUGGGAUCUUUUCUGUGUUACUGAUGAGGUUCCAAAAAAUAUAAAGGCAGUAAACGAAAAAGAAAUGAAGUCAAUUGAUGUUAUGUCAGCAGUUUUAUCAUAUAUGGAUGGUCACAUAAAAGCUGGGAUACAAAAACGUUCCAUAGACGUAUCCCUGAAGUAUGUUUUAACGGUGCCGACAUGUUCAUGUGACGAUUCCAAGUGUUUUAUGCUGAAAGCUGCAGAACAAGCAGGCUUUCCUUCUGAUAAAAUAACAAUAGUUGAGGAAGCUGCAGCCGCUCUCUACUUCUGCAUACAAAACCCAGUACUUUCAGCUCUACCAAGACCAACAAGGAAUCAAACCAAUUCAUAUGUGCUUGUAGAAUGCGAAGACGACAAUACCAACAUUUCGGUUCUAAAAUGUCCCAGCCAGGAGACUAUGAGUAUAAUCUACAGAGAUAACGCGAAAAUUUGGGCAAGUUGUCAAGUUCAAAAAGACUUCGAGGAGCUAUUUGCUCUGAUUGUCAGUGAGUCGUUUUUGAAUUAUUUUCUUCACAAAUACCCGAUGGAGUACUAUGAUAACAUCCAGGAGCUUAAGAGGAAAAUCAACAGUACUCAGUCAGAAUCCGAAAAAGUGACGAUGAAAAUGCCAGCUUGUCUGAUCGAAAAAUUUAAAAGAAAGACCGGGAAAAACAUUGAGAAGGCCGGCCGAAAGACAGUACUUAAAGACAACAUUGAAUUUAAAUUAGAUAAAUGUAAGAUAUCAUCUGAGGUGUUCCAAAGUCUGUUUUCUGACGCCGGGAAACAUUGUUAAAUAUAUGGAGAAAGGAAUAUUAGCAAAGUACCCAGAUGUGGAACAUAUCAUUCUUGUAGGAGAGUUUGCACAAUCACCCAUUUUGCAGACUAUCAUAAAGGAAUCGUUUCCCUCCAAAACUAUUUUGAUCCCUCCAGAAGCAGGCAUGGCUGCAGUGAAAGGAGCUGUUCUUUUUCGGACAAAAUCAUGUUUUUCUAGAAACCGUGCAAUGUCCACGAAGAAGUAGAACACCCGAGCCUGACGAUACUGGACAACUGGAGGAAGUUGUUCAAAGUCCAAGGUCUUACAGAGCAGGAAAGAAUGAGGCUACAAACUUAUCAGCGACAAAUGAGUCGUUUUCAGAUUUACAAAGAGUCGUGCCUCCUUCUGAGAGAAGAAAUAGAAGUCGUUUAUGUGUCAUUCAGUAAUUGAUAAAAACAUGAGAAACCAAUGGGAAAUACCCAUGGAAAAUAAAGAACAUGGUGAAACGGAAACAAAAUAAAAAAAAAGAAAAAACCUACUUUUUAUUUUUAUUGUCAGCUUUGUGUUGUAUCAGUUUCAUGUAAACACUCUAUUAUGAUAAAAAUCAUGAUUGAACCAAUUUGUCUGUACAAUGAAAACUGCUAAACGACCUAAAGGGAAAAAAAUGUAUGUUAAGUUACAAUCCACUUAAAACAAAACUUGCGUUAAAUUUUGAACUAGUUUAAUGCACUUUGAAAUAAAAAUAUCUUCAAAUUGCGUUGAUAUCGACCAUAUUUUACGCACUUUGAUAAAUUGUGCAAGGCCUGGUAAAUAUCUUUACAAUAUAGAGAUAAAUUAAAUAAUCUGUUUUACCUGGAUAACUUUUUGAAAAUGGUGUCUUUUCAGGAUCUGUCAUUUAGACUUUUUAUAUUGACUUUUUACAUAUGCCACUUAGGGGUGCAUAAAAGACGACAAGUGUAACAUUCUUAUGAGUGAAAAUGUACCUAAUAUAGGUCAAAAUUAUAUGGCACUAAAUUUUAUUAUAUGUUCGAUCAGGGAAGUUUUUAAUUUGUGUGGUCAUU